AAGUAACCCGCGAAUUUAUUCUUCAUUCUGAAACGUCAUUGUUGUUUUCAUGCGUUUGUGCUCCUGUUAAUAAAAAUGUUUUUGUUUAGCGUUUAUGGUAUAGCUAUUAUCAGUCGGAUGUGAUGUUUUAAUACGUGCCACACUGCAUUAAUAGUGUUUUAUUGAAUUGUUGUUGUUGUUGUCUCUAGUGCAGUCGGCAGCCGUUGAUCAGUUAUUGAUCAGUUAUUGAUCAUCGGAACACAUGAGUGUGUCUCUGGUUGUGAUCAGACUCGAGCUCGCUGAUCAGUGUGAUUCCCCGCAGGGUUUUCAAUACUGCGCUGAGAUGUCAGAGGAGGAGAUGAGGGAGAAAGCGCUGGCCUCCGCCAGAGUCACGCUGAGCGGUAAAACGGAUCUGGAGCGAGCAACUGUACUCCAUCAGCACCUGGGCAGCCGAGUCAUGAGUGACAUGGUGAUCGAGACCUUUGAACCCAAUGCAGUAAAUUUGCGUAAAACAGAAGGAACCAAGGAAGUUAAUGGAGAGGUGAAAUCCGCAAAUGACAGUAAUGGAGAUGCCAACGAUGCGGGGACAACCCCAGACUCACCAUCCAAACAGCUACCGGAUCAGAUCUCCUUCUUUAGUGGGAACCCAUCUGUGGAGAUUGUUCACGGCAUCAUGCACCUUUACAAAACAAAUAAGAUGACGUCACUAACAGAAGACGUGAGGCGCAGCGCGAUGCUUUGUGUUCUCACGGUACCAACAACCAUGACAAGCCAUGACCUCAUGAAGUUUGUGGCUCCCUACAAUGAUGUCAUGGAGCACAUGAAGAUUAUCAGAGACUCCAUGCCCAACCAGUACAUGGUGCUGAUCAAGUUCAGGAGUCAGACCGAUGCUGACAGCUUCUACACAAUGUGCAAUGGCCGUCAGUUUAACUCGAUUGAAGAUGCCGUCUGCCAGUUAGUUUAUGUGGAGAGGGCAGAAGUCAUCAAAUCUGAAGAGGGGGCCAGUUUACCAGUUAUGGACCUCAUUGAGCUGCCCAAGUGCACUGUGUGUUUGGAGCGCAUGGACGAGUCGGUGAACGGAGUGCUGACCACCCUGUGUAACCACAGCUUUCAUAGCCAAUGCCUUCAGAGAUGGGAAGAUGCAACGUGUCCGGUCUGUAGAUACUGUCAGACGCCGGAACCCGUGGAGGAAAACAAGUGUUUUGAGUGCGGCGUGCAAGAGAAUCUGUGGAUCUGUCUCAUCUGCGGUCACAUUGGUUGCGGGCGCUACGUAAGCCGGCACGCGUACAAGCACUUUGAAGAAACACAGCACACCUACGCCAUGCAGCUGACCAAUCACAGGGUCUGGGACUACGCUGGAGAUAACUAUGUUCAUCGGCUUGUUGCCUGUAAAACUGACGGUAAGAUGGUGCAGUACGAGUGUGAGGGUGACACGUGUCAAGAUGAGAAGAUUGAUGCUCUUCAGCUGGAGUACUCUUAUUUAUUGACCAGUCAACUGGAUUCUCAGCGCAUUUACUGGGAGAACAAAAUACUUCAUUUAGAGAAAGACACAGCAGAAGAGAUCAACAAUAUGAAGGUCAAAUUCAAGGAGACGAUUGAAAAGUGUGACAGUUUGGAACGGAAACUAAAUGAACUCGCCAAAGAAAAGCAAUCCAUCGAAAAGAAAUGCUCACAGCUAAAUAACAAAGUGGUGAAGCUCAGUCAAGAGUUGAGGGAGGAGCAAGAGAUGAACCGAUGCCUGCGAUCCAAUCAGACGCAGUUUCAGACUCAGCUGCUGGAGGAGGAGAGGCGGGCCCAUGAGGCCACAGUCAGUAAAGAAGGACAGAUUGCCGAGCUGCAGGAGCAGCUACGAGACGUCAUGUUCUACCUGGAGACACAGCAGCAAAUCAAUCGGAUGCCUGCGGAUACCCGGCAGGAAAUCCAGGAGGGCCAAAUCAACAUCGCGGCGGCCCCUGCCACGCCACAGCCCGGGCCCUCGGCACACGGCACCGGGAGACUGAGCGGAAGGAAAGGACGAUUCAAGAGAGGAAAAUAGUGAAUUCGAAGAGGAUGGUGGAAUUUAUUAAUUGUACAAUUUUGCUGCUCGUCUUCACAAAGCUCAGAAAAUUUUCUGUUUAGUAUAUUUAGUUUAUCCGACAGGAAAUGCUGCCUAGGCUUCUUUGGAAAAGAGGAUGAGUAAUCACGAUCCCUCAUUAAGGCUCUAAUAUAUUGUAAACUGUUCACUAAUAUCUCACAUGAGGGCACCAAAACUGCUUUACCUGUGGUGCAUGAAAACAAAGUGCUGUUAUUAUCGCAGAAUUUUAUUUUCAUAUUUAGUGUCCUCAUGAGUGGAAUAACUAAGGCUGAGUUCCCUGGAAUUACGGAUAAACCUUGUUGACAGUUCUGGAAGUUCAUGUAUGGUUUGAUUUACUUUGUUAGUAGCAAUUUUCUUGUAUUUUCAGGAAUGUUUCUGUCCUGCGCCUGUAAUGGGUAAAUCUUACAAAAACAUGUUCAGCGUGCAUUUCACCCCAUAAAGUGGUGAAUUAUUUUUUGCAUAAAGAAAAUGAAACCUAUUUUUUUAAUUGUGCCCAACACAAUUAAUUCCUUACAGUCAUGCAAACAGACACUUUGUAUUCUUCUUACUAAUGAUAAUACUCAGUAUAUUCUCAGAUUACUGUAAAGGAACAUUCCGGUUUCAAUACAAGUUAAGCUCAGUCGACAGCAUUUGUGGCAUAAUGUUGAUUACCACCAAAAAAUGUAUUUCGACUUAUCCCUCUGUUUCUUUAAAAAAGGCUAAAGGUUCCAGUGAGGCACUUACAAUGGAAGUCAAUGGGGCCAAUUUUUGGAGGGUUUAAAGGCAGAAAUGUGACGCUUAUUAUUUUAUAAAAGCUCUUACACUAAUUCUUCUGAUAAAACUUGUUCAUUAUUAAGUUGUUUAAAUCAUCGUUUUAACGGUCGUUUUAGGGUUACAGCAUUACAUCGUCAUGGCAACGAAGUUGUAAAUUUGGAUAUGACUUUACACAGAAAAUGUUAGCAAGUGCUUAUAUCACACUAAAAUCAUGUUAACAUAUUGUUUACGUCUUGUAGCUAUACUUUUGAAACAGUAUUUUACUUAAUAACGGAGUAUUUUAACGUUUACAGAUUGGCCCCAUUGACUUCCAUUGUAAGCAGGGGCAGAUUAUGACUAGCAAGGGCCCCGGGGCCAAUUCCCCACCAUCUUUUAAAGUUGAGAUCUACGCAAUCUAUUUUUAUUGAUUUAUGUCUCUUUUAAUACCUGUUCUGUUAUGUACAGUCAGAUUAAUUCAAACACAGAGCAUGGAUGUGGUAGAGAAACCGCAAACAUUCGCCGAACAGCCACUGUUCUUAAAGAGACAGUACCAUUUUAACUUUUGUUAUAAUGUAAAUGCAGUGUAAAUACUACGAAUUAUGCAUACAACAUGCAUAUAUCUACAUGGGCCAUUAUACAUUUUGAAAUAUCUUAACCUCAUCAAACACUUUAAAGGGAUAGUUCACCCAAAAAUGAAAAUUCACUCAUGCCAUCCAAGAUAUGUCUGACUUGCUUUCUUCAGCAGAACACACACAAAGAUUUUUUUAGAAGACUAUCUCAGCUCUGUAGGUCCAUACAGUGUAGGCGAAUGGUGACCAGAGCUUUGAAGCUCCAGAAAUCACAUAAAGGAAACAUAGAAGUAUAAUCCAUAAGACUCCAGUGGUUUAAUCCAUGUCUUCAGAAGCCAUCUAAGAAGUGAUAAGCGAUAUAAUAGGUGCUAUCUUUUCUAACUCAUCUGAAUGAUGGGGUGCGUUCUGUUCAGAAGUGAUCAUCUCUAUAAACUGUUUCCUUCAAAGACUUUACCCUCCAUUGUGAGAGCUUUGAAUGGCUGAAAGGUGUGGGGCUCCAAAACAGUGGUCAUUUGGUCAUUUUUGGGGGAAAUUCUGUUUGGAACGACCCUACAGCUUGGCUACCAUUAUUAUUCUUCCAUCAUAAAGCCCUGCUAAGGCAUCAUUUAAGCCUUUUCAAAGUGUCCAAAAAUCCCCUAGACUACAUUACAUUGACAGAAUAUUUAAAUGAGCUAGGAGUCUAUUUUAGAAUGUUCAUGAUUUCAAACUUCAGCUGUCAAAACGUACACACAAGCCCUUUAAUCUGUUGUAAAAUGCUUUCUUUCUUUACGCAUUUAAAACUAUUUUAAACUUUCAGAAAUGGUUUUGUCAGACCAACAUUAUAGUUUGUCUUGACAAACUUUACAUAUCUAGUUUAAUCAGUACUUUUGAACCACAAAGUAAAAUCUCAAUAUUUUCUUUUUCCCAACCACCUAAGCUUAGUUAUUUUUUGUAAUGUAGGGCAAACAUGCAGUUAUAGCAAUGAAUAGUAUAAUAAACGUUUUUGUUUGACAGCCUUUUUAUACAAAGAAUAAAGCUCAACCACAUGAAGCCUAACAUAUGAAAUAAUAGUUGGAAAAUUACAUAUUUUUAAACCCAUUUAUACCUAUUUUUCUACUAAAUAAUACAAUUUUAAGCAUGUUGCUUGAAUUAAAUAAAUGCUAAUUUUGAAAUAUCAGUAGCAAAAUAAACGUUAAAUUGGGCAGCGUUAAAUUAAAAACACAUUUUAACAUCAGUUACAUUUCGAUUUAAAAUUCACUAUUGUUUUAUAUAGAAUUGUUCUAUGGUCUAUACAGUAUUUAAUGCAAUUACAUCAGAAGUAACUGUAACUGAAAUUUUAAGAGUAAUCCCUUACUUUUUUCCCAAAGAAAAAGUAUUGUAAUUACAGUAAUUCAUUCAUUAGUAAUGCAUUACACCCAACACUGAUUGUAAUACAGAGCACACAAUUGCGUCAUAGAAAAGCGCUUAAGGGCUCGUCUUCUUUAUGUGAACAGUCACUGAUAAAAAAACAUUUGUUUGACCUUUGCAUACAAAGAUGUCAUUUGGUAAUAUGAUUACACUACACAAAAUCAUGUGGCAUUGUGUGCAUUUUUACUUGGAACACUCCCAGUUAUUUUUAGAACACAAUGCACUGACUAUUUUUUUAAUUUUUUUUAUUAUCUUUUUAGUUUCCACACCCCUCAGUUACAAAAGCAUGGGAUAGUUGUACAGACAGAAAAAUAUCAAUACAUCUGCACCAGGGGCGUAGCAGUCACUUUAAAAGUGGGGGGGACACAGCUGUCAGUAGGUGGCUCGCACAGACCCAACACUAACAGUGCAGUAUUAAUAUAGUACAGUAUAUAUUAAUAUAGAAGUAUGAGAUAAGUAUUAUAUUACUAUAUACGUAUUAUUUACUUUUAAUAUUUGUAUUCUGCACAGAAAUGUGUGAGAGAAGAGCCAACAGAAUUUAAUGGAAAGCACGCAACUAGUCAAAUCCCCCUCGAGCUAGUUUUUGUUCUGUCAAGCAAAUCCAAUUUUUGUGAAGGGAAUUAUUCAAAUUCAAUAUCUGAGAAUAAUUAAUCUUAUUGGUCACAGUCACUAGGCUAACACGAAAUUGUCUUCCAAAGAACUCAGUUCACAUUUCCAGAUUUCAGAAGCCCGUCAUUCACCAACUUUUACACGUAUUUGCGUAUUCAUACAUUAACUGUUUUCAUAAAUGUAAUAAAAUGCUACUCAUCGCUCAGUUUAACCAAAGUCUUUCUAGCGAGUCAGUCCACUGUCGGCCAUCUUUGGAAUGCUCUCGGGAGGCUGUUACCAGUCAUGCCAGUGCAGCUCCUAUCUACUUGAAUGGGGGAACACCGAAAUUAUAAAAACGGUUGGUCAAGAUUACGGUCAAAGUACAUAUUUCAGAUUAGCAAUAAAAUCUGAUAAUACUGGAAUCAUAAAUUGUGAUUCUUUACCUCAUGUUACGCUAAAACACGCACAUUUCCCGGUUUGUAUAGCUAAUGCGCAUUCGCGUUCUAGAGUUGAUUGACAGGCGAUGUCUGUUUCUAAAAGGUGAUUGGCUCUUUUAACUGUAAGGCGGGACUUCCUUUCUACAUCCUUUGACCGUUGGGCACGAGCUUCUUGGCUGAGCGUUCCAAUAACUCCCAUUCGUUUAAAUAGAAGUGGCCUGUCUCUGCUGAAUAAUCUCUGGUUUAACACAUUUUACAUGCUUGAUUAAAAAAUAUAUGAUCGUGCCUGGUAACAUGGCUAGAAAUAGCAUUUUAGCUUAGCGUAAAUCUGACGGUUUACACAAAGUUUAUUUAUAUUUCUUCUGCUCCAAACUUACUUCUCUGUCUGCUCGUAUGAAUGUAACACAUCAUAAGAAAGUGUUUCACCGCUGUUCAAAUGCACUUUGGAUUGCAUCAUUUAUAUGCAUAAAUGUUUUCCAUCUGAAAGGACUAAAUAUGAAAUGAAACAAAUGACAAUAAAAUGCAAAGUAAUCUCUUCAGUAAUCCAAAUACUUUUUGAAUGUAACUGUAUUCUAAAUACUAAUGAUUUAAAUUGUAACUGUAGUGGAAUACAGUUACUUAUAUUUUGUAUUUUAAAUACGUAAUCCCAUUACAUGUAUUCCAUUACUCCCCAACCCUGCGUGUCAACAACAUUUUCAUUUAGAAGGGUACAAAUUCUGUCACAGGGCCUUUGUGGUGAGGCACGUAAAUUUACAAUACAAGGAAUAUUCUAGGUUCAUGUUUGCGGAAUGAUUAGGCUACCACAAAGGUCGACUUGUCCCUCCUUUUCUUAAAUAAUAACAAU